AUGACCUUAAAAAUAUCUAGAAUUCCUGAAAAUAUAGACUUCCCGAGAGAAGAAGACAAAAUUUUAAAGUUUUGGAAAAAUAUCGACGCAUUUCAGAAUUGCUUGAAGCAAUCUAAAAAUAAGCCCAGGUACUCAUUUUAUGAUGGACCACCUUUUGCUACUGGAUUACCUCAUUAUGGACAUAUAUUGGCUGGCACUAUCAAAGAUGUAGUGACUAGAUAUGCCCAUCAAAAGGGAUAUCAUGUGGAAAGAAGAUUUGGCUGGGACUGUCAUGGUUUGCCUGUUGAGUUUGAAAUUGAUAAAACAUUGGGAAUCAAAGGACCUGAAGAUGUGGAGAAAAUGGGUAUAGAAAAGUACAAUGCUGAAUGCCGGAAAAUUGUAAUGAAAUAUGCAACUGAAUGGGAAACCAUUAUCACCCGAAUGGGAAGAUGGAUUGAUUUCAAAAAUGACUACAAAACUCUUUAUCCAUGGUUUAUGGAAUCUAUUUGGUGGGUGUUCAAAGAAUUGUAUAACAAAGGUUUAGUCUAUCAAGGAGUUAAAGUCAUGCCAUACUCCACAGCCUGCUCAACACCCCUCUCCAAUUUUGAAUCUGGUCAAAAUUACAAGGAUGUUGUAGAUCCAGCAGUAGUUGUCUCUUUUCCUACUGAUAAAGGUUUCUCCUUACUUGCUUGGACUACUACACCUUGGACACUUCCUAGUAAUCUAGCUCUUUGUGUCAAUCCAAAACUGAUAUACUUGAAAGUUCAAGAAAAAUCAACCGGAAACACAUAUGUUCUUCAAGAAACAAGGUUUCCUGUUAUUUUUAAAAAUGUAGAGGACUUUCAAAUUCUCGAAAAGUUUCCGGGAAGUAGUUUAGCGGGAAUGAAAUACAAGCCGAUUUUCGAUUAUUUUGUCGAAAAGUGCCCUAAAGCUUAUCAGGUGCUAACUGAUGGAUAUGUUACAGAUGAUUCAGGAACAGGUGUUGUACAUCAGGCACCAUAUUUUGGUGAAGAUGACUUUAGAGUUUGUUUGGCUGCUGGUAUUAUCACCAGAGACCAGGAUAUAAUUUGCCCAGUUGAUGCUAGCGGUAGAUUUACAGAACCUGUCAAAGACUUUGUAGGACAAUAUGUGAAAGAUGCAGAUAAGAACAUUAUAGCAAAUUUAAAGGCGCGUAACAGGCUGGUGCAGGUGGGCCAAGUUAAGCAUAGUUAUCCAUUUUGCUGGCGAUCAGAAACACCUCUAAUAUAUAAAGCAGUACCAUCAUGGUUUGUUAGAGUUGAACAAAUGAGCCAAGACCUUCUGAAAUCAAGUGAAGCUACAUACUGGGUGCCCGAAUAUGUAAAAGAAAAAAGAUUUGGAAAUUGGCUUAAAGAAGCUCGUGACUGGGCAAUAAGUCGCAAUAGGUAUUGGGGUACUCCAAUUCCUUUGUGGAUUUCGAGUGACAAACAAGAAGUAGUUUGUGUCGGUAGCAUUGCAGAACUAUCUGCUUUAACUGGGAAAGAAGUUACUGAUUUACACAGAGAAAGUAUUGAUCACUUGGAAAUUCCAUCUACACGCCCUGGUCAGCCACCACUAAAAAGAGUAUCUGAAGUGUUUGAUUGUUGGUUUGAAUCAGGUUCUAUGCCUUACGCUCAGUGUCAUUAUCCCUUUGAAAAUAAGAAAGAAUUCGAAGAAAUAUUCCCAGCCAAUUUCAUUGCUGAAGGUAUAGACCAGACGAGGGGUUGGUUUUACACACUAAUUGUUCUGUCGACCGCUUUAUUCAAUAAACCGCCGUUCCAAAACUUAAUCGCUAAUGGUUUGAUACUGGCAUCUGAUGGUCAAAAAAUGUCUAAGCGAAAAAAGAACUAUCCUGAUCCUCUUGAAGUUGUGGGCAAAUAUGGUGCAGAUGCACUACGUUUAUACCUAGUAAAUUCGCCAGUAGUUAAAGCUGAGAAUUUGAGAUUUAAAGAAGAAGGUGUUAGGGAUGUCAUAAAGGAUGUUUUCUUGCCCUGGUAUAAUGCUUUUAGAUUCUUGAUGCAAAAUGUGGAAAGAAUUGUGCAAGAAGAUAACAUUGACUAUAAAUUCAACGAGAAUCCAGUAAGGGAGAAUGUCAUGGACAAAUGGAUUACAUCCUUUACACAGUCACUGAUUCAAUUUGUAAAAAAAGAAAUGGCCGCUUAUCGGUUAUAUACUGUAGUUCCGAGGUUAACAAAAUUUAUCGAUCAACUAACAAAUUGCGUUUUGUUUGACAUGAUUCGUGUAAUGGCACCUUUCACACCUUUCCUAACAGAAUUGAUGUACAAAACCUUGCGACAACUUUUGCCAGGAGAUUCUUUAGAGAGUGUACAUUUUAACAUGAUACCCGAACCAAAACAAAAUUUGGUGGAUACGAACAUUGAAAGAGCCGUUCAAAGAAUGCAAUCGGUAAUUGAAUUAGGUAGAGUUCUAAGAGAUAGAAAAACCAUACCAGUAAAAUAUCCGUUGCCAGAAAUGAUUGUUAUACACCGUGACGAAACUUAUUUAAAUGAUGUUAAGUCAUUACUAACAUAUGUUUUAGAAGAAAUGAAUGUUAAGAAAGUACAACUCACGAGUGACAAAGAAAAGUAUGGUAUAACACUUAGAGUAGAACCAGAUCACAAAAUACUUGGAGCCCGUUUAAAAGGCGAUUUUAAAGCUGUUACUCAAGCUUUAAAGAACCUUAACAACGAACAGUGUGAAAAAUUAAUAGAAGAUGGGUAUAUUGAACUAAUAGGGCAAAGAAUUGACGUGUCUGAAGUGAGGGUUAUAUUCCAAGCUACAGGAAACGAUCAGUAUGAAGCACACAGCGAUAACGAUGUUUUGAUCUUAUUGAAUGUCACACCAGAUCAAGAUAUGCUUGAUGAAGGUUUCGCUAGGGAAAUUAUUAACAGAGUGCAAAAGCUUAGAAAGAAAGCACAUUUAGUUCCCACUGAUGAGGUCGAUGUCUUCUUUUCGACUACAAAAACGGGAGAUAUUCUUCGCAUUAUUAAUUUGCACCGAGAACUUAUUGAAACUACCGUAAAAGCGCCUUUAAAACCUAUUGAAGCGCUCCCAGAGUCGAAGCCGGUGGUGAUUCAAGAAGUACAAGAACUAAAAGGCACAGAGUUAAAAUUGGUCAUCACCUGGAGAAAAGAUCUAGAAAUGCCGACAAACCCUUGGGCAAAUGUUGUUCUUCAAAAUUUGACCCCUCGCUUUGGUGCUACAACUAGUCAAGCUAGUAUCAUUCUUACCGAUAAGGAUAAUAAAUUUUUAUCUGUGGAUAAUCUUUAUAAAGAAAUUAGGGUCCUGUUUGGUCUGUAUGGAAUUAAGUUUACACUUUGGUGUGAUGGCACCGAAAUUAAAGAUACUACCAAAUUAAACGCAAAAAGUAUAAUAGUUUCACCAAUAAAACCAAAAGAAGUUGAAAACAUAGCUAGUCCUUUUUGUAAAUUUAUUAAUUUUGCAAAUGGAAAUAAAGUUGCGACUUUAUUCAUUGAAAAUCCCCAGGGAACAGUAACAUUGAACAAGGAGCAGGCUUUAAAAUUUGUGGCUGAUUACUUCGGUCUUCAGGUUAAAGAUAUUAAUAACGAAGCAUUUAAAUGA